AUGCUUAGUUUCAAAAAAGGUCAAGUUGUCAAUAACAUUAGGGCCGUUGUUCGAACUCAACUAAGAAAAUCUGGAGGAGCUUCUGCUAAUGCAGCCACUAGUCUGAUUGGAAAUAUGAACACUGUUGGAAUGAACAAUAAUAUUCCAUCUCUAGUCAUUUUCGAUAAAGAUGGAACACUUCUUUGUUUCCACACCAUGUGGAUCCCAUGGGCUAUACAUACUGCGAAGAGUAUCGAACAUGACAGCGGACUAUCGUUGUUUAAGGACAUCGCUAAAGUUUUAGGUUUGUGUACUAUUGAAAAUAAAGUAAAACCCGGCCUUCUUGCUGAGGGAACAAUGAGCCAAAUAACGAAGGAGAUUUCUGGAAUUCUUUGUUUAAAUGGAAUCUCCCAACAAGAAGCAGACAAAAUCGCAGAAAACAGUUUGAAAUACUCUAAUGAAAAAUCUGUGUCUGAUCGACUAGUGAAGGAAAUUUACGAUACCAAUACGUUGUUUAAUAGAAUUAAACAGCACGGUUCAAAAAUCGCAGUUUGCACUGCUGACAACAGAAAAAGCUCGUUGAAUGCCUUGAAUUGUAUGAAGGUUCAUCAUUUAGUGGAUAUGGUCGUUUGUGGAGAUGAUAAGCAUUCUCUUCCAAAACCACAUCCUCAUAAUGCUUUGAGAAUUUGUGAAACGUUAGGAGUAAAACCAUCCGAGGCGAUUAUGGUAGGAGACACACGUGUCGACAUUGAAAUGGCUCAUGCUGCCCAAUUAGGAGCUGCUGUUGGUGUUCUCUCUGGAGUUGGUUGCAAAAACCAUCUUCAUCGUGCUGAUGUUCUCAUUAACAACAUUGGUGAUCUUAUCGAAGUUUUCUAUGAAAACUGA